GUGGGCCGGACCGGAGCCUAAAGCACAGAGUGACCAGAAGGGUCGGAGCCUCAACUUCCCCGAUGAGACUCUGAAGUGCCCAAACUGGGAGUCAUUGGUGGACUGUACCCAGCGGUUCCUCCAGCGCUCUGUGGGGAGACAGGAGGGUUAGUGGUGCAAAGUGCACGAGCCCAUAUCACAGAUGGUGGACACAGGCCACCAGCCACCACGGCAAUCGCCUUCACCUCCGUCUAGAAACUCCUCCUGGAAGUACACAGUGGCCAGUGCCACGCGCAGCACGCAGAUGGCCCAGAGCGACGCAGGAGCUGAGACCAUGGCUGCACUUGCGACUUCCGCUCUCUGCUCUCAGGCGUCCGCACCGCCUGACGGGCGCAACUCAGAAACUACAACUCCCGGCAUGCCUUGGGAUUAUGACCUGAGGACGCUAAUGGGUGUGCUGGAAUUACUGGUCCCGUUACGUCCCGCGAUUGUGACCUGAGUUGCUCAUUGGUGGAUGGGGCGCGAUGGCCGACGGGAAAUGUAGUCUCUAGCGGCUCUGGCGCUGUAUCCUGAGGCAACCGCACACUGGGGCCUAUACUUAGAAGCUGAAGCCUAGCGGGAGAAGCCAACGCAGCUACUCAGAAUGGCUUCCACAAGACCACCCUUUGUCCCUCCACGGAGUGUUUUUGACUUAAGGGAUAUGUUCUUAGAUAGCUCGAGGAUGGAAGACAUCAGAAACUUACAAGCCCGAAGUCUUGGCCAAGUGACACCUGGGCAGAGCAGAAUCCUAAAGAGAAACCAAAUGAUGGACGAGAAAUAUGUGAUGCCCAGAGAGGAGGCCAUGGCAGGGAGGGGGGCGAGGCUGGGCUUGAGGCCUCCCACCAUCUCCUCCAAGACCAGAGCCAGUGAGGCCCUUAGGAAACUGGCCCAGAUUGAAACCAAGAUCCUGAAUCGGAAGCAGGUGCCCGUGGCUUGGUCUGACGUGGAGUCUGACUCCACAUCCAUCGAGCAGAGUCUUCCUAAGAGGACAGGUGCAGCUUCUGUUUCUUCCCAGUACCCACACAGAACUUUCCAGAAACAAGUGUACAAAACAUGUGUGUCAAAGAGCGAUGGGCCGAGUGGCAACGGUAGCAGGUUUCUGAAGAAGAAGGAGCUGCCCACUGAAGCGAGGUCCCCAGGGCCGGCAGUGGGGACAGGGAAGCGAGCUCUGCUGCCCACACAGAAGGAAGCUGUGAGUGACGAGGAUGAGGAAAUGAUACUGCUUGGAAGCUUGAUGGAAUCUUCUAGAGAAAAAGAAACAAAUAGAAACCAGGAGCUCCCUGGCACCAGUGUCCGCAGGAGCAACCUUGGAAAGUUGUUCUUGGAUCCAACUCCAGGCCAGCCAGGAGUCCUGUCUCUGCUCAGUGUUGACCAGUCCAGCUUAAAGUCUCCUCCGCCCGUACAGUCGACUAGCGUUGGCUUGAGAACUCACUCCCAACAGGCGAGCAGUGCUAGGGACACAGUCUCCAUCACAGCCUCACCUCCCAUCCUUGAUGACUUCUCCAAAUCAGCAUCUUCAAAGAUGGGAUGCAUCAAGCUGACUUCUUCUCCGAGCAGGAUGGAGUUGGAGUCUCCUGAGGAACCAGCCUCAGGAGCUGCUGCUGACAGCCUCCAUGAUUUUAGAAUUAAUAUUUUGUCCAUUGAUGAUCUGGUUCUGGCUGAUGGAGACAAAUCAGAUGGGGAACAGAGAGGCACAACCACUGUGGUUGGGGAUGAAGAAGAUCUUACCACUGAGAGUGAGGUCUCAGAGCCCCCGGGGGCCAGCUCCACAGCAGCUGUCCAGUCUUACAGUAUGUCCAGGGCACUCACUGCAAGCCCAGCGUACUCGGAGGAUUUUGAGCAGUUCUCUAAUACCUUGGCCUUGGAGGAGUCGCUUGACAGGACGCUGGACACUUUGUCAAAGUUUUCUUCCAGUCAUCAGAGAGAUAUCGUUGCCAGACAACCUCUAUCAAGGACAGAAUGGGGCAGGGGUGUGACCAGAGUUGUGAAGGAGACAGCUGUGCAGACACUUGAACCUGCCUUUGCCUACCAGUGGAGCAAGGCUGGUGGCAUAGCAGCCAUUGGACCUGCCCUUGGAGGUGCUUAUGUGGACCCAGCACCCAUCGCCAGUCACGUUGUCAGCGCAGACGCCAUAGAAGCCCUGACAGCCUACAGCCCUGCAGCCCUGGCGUUGAAUGACAUGCUAAAGCAACAACUGAGCCUGACGCAGCAGUUCAUCAAGGCCAGCCAUCAACUACAUGGUUCCAUCCUGCAGUCCCUGGAUGGGGACUCAUUUCACUACCACACCUUGGAGGAAGCAAAAGAGUACAUCAGGUGCCACAGGCCUGCACCCCUGACCAUGGAGGCUGCCCUGCAGGAGGUGAGGGAGGAGCUCCAAGUCCCAGCAAGUGAGGCUUGCCUGUGCACGUGUCCACCUCAGAAUCAAUGACAUCCAUAUGGAGGCAGGCAAGGUUGGGGUUCUCCCUGCUCAAUAACAACCAUAUAUGGACUCUAAGCGCCCAUCUGCCCAGCUGGCUGCUCUGAAGAUAACAGCUUGAGGACAGCUGAGAACCCACCACAGGACAGUGGUGUGGUAUGGGGCCAUGAGCCAGUGUGACAGACAGCAUGUGUCAGGCAUUCCAAUCAUCCAAGAUGGGACCAGUUGCCCCAUGGGAAUACUCCAUGCCAGGUGCUGAGACAGGUGUGAGCCUGGUGCCUGGGCACAGCCUGCACAGUAUCUCUCAUCCACAGCUAGAGGAAAUCUUUUACAAAAGGCUUUAUU